AUGUCUAAUUAUUCAACAGGUCGCCACACCAAGACUUGUUUCGUAUACCGUCCUUGCAGCAGCAAUUGGCGGUCUAGGGUCAUGGGCUGGCUCACGGGCAGUCCGGCCCGGCUCAAGGAUCCGAGGAUUAUCGCUGGGAGUGAUGGUCGUGAUAGUAAGGGAAUGACUACUGACUAG